AACUUUUCUCAAUUAAUAUCAUAAAUUACUUUCAAAAUUUUCAGGUUCUGCUUAUGUUUUUCAUUUGAUUUCAGAAGCAGAUUCCAUUUUGUUUCAACCAAAAAUCAUUUUUCUCUUACUUUUCUUUUCUUUUUUUCUUGUAGAAGAUUAAAAAAAAAUAAUAAAAUUAAUAAAAUUUCCUUCAAUUUCUUCCUGAUUUUUUCCUUCAAAAUUCCUCUGUUUUUCAAGGAAAAAUGGAGGCAUUAUCAAGAGAAGGGCAAAAUGGGUUAAUAUGGGAGCAAAUGAAAGCACCAAUAAUUGUGCCGAUUUUAAAAUUAGGAGUAAUAAUAUGUUUGGGAAUGUCCUUAAUGUUGUUCAUAGAAAGGGUUUAUAUGGGAAUUGUGAUAACAUUUGUUAAAUUAUUUGGAAAAAAACCAGAAAAAAGAUAUAAAUGGGAAGCCAUAAAAGAGGAUUUAGAGCUUGGUACCUCUGUUUAUCCUAUGGUUCUUAUACAAAUUCCUAUGUACAAUGAAAAAGAGGUUUACCAGCUCUCUAUUGGAGCAGCAUGCGGACUUUCAUGGCCGUCUGAUCGAAUCAUGAUUCAAGUUUUGGAUGAUUCAACUGAUGAAGCAAUCAAGGAACUAGUGGCAGUGGAAUGCAAGAGAUGGUCAAAUAAAGGAGUAAACAUAAAGUACGUAAUAAGAGACAACAGAAAAGGAUACAAAGCAGGAGCUCUUAAGGAGGGGAUGAAGCAUGAUUAUGUCAAGAAUUGUGAUUUUGUUGCUAUUUUUGAUGCCGAUUUUCAACCUCAAUCUGAUUUUCUCCGUCGCACCAUCCCCUUUUUCGUCCAUAAUCCCAACCUCGCUCUCGUUCAGGCUCGUUGGAAGUUCGUGAAUUCUGACGAGUGUUUGAUGACAAGAAUGCAAGAAAUGUCAUUGGAUUAUCAUUUCACAGUGGAACAAGAAGUUGGAUCAUCCACUUAUGCUUUCUUUGGCUUCAAUGGCACAGCAGGCGUAUGGAGAAUCGCGGCCAUUAAUGAAGCCGGAGGAUGGAAAGAUCGGACAACAGUGGAGGACAUGGAUCUUGCUGUUCGAGCUAGUCUCAAGGGCUGGAAGUUUUUAUACCUCGGCUCUGUUCAGGUGAAGAAUGAAUUACCAAGUACCUUCAAAGCAUUCCGAUUCCAGCAACACCGAUGGUCCUGCGGUCCUGCUAACCUGUUUAGAAAAAUGGCCUUGGAGAUUAUAAGAAAUGAGAAAGUUUCACUGUUGAAGAAGGUAUAUGUGUUAUACAGCUUCUUCCUAGUCCGGAAGGUCAUCGCUCAUAUUGUUACCUUCUCUUUCUACUGCAUCAUUCUACCGGCCACUGUAUUAGCACCUGAAGUUGAGGUUCCGAAAUGGGGGGCGGUUUAUAUCCCUACCAUCAUUACCUUCCUCAAUGCAGUUGGGACACCAAGAUCACUUCAUCUGCUAGUUUUCUGGAUUCUCUUUGAAAAUGUCAUGUCCCUGCAUCGCACGAAAGCAACCCUCAUCGGCUUGAUGGAAGGUACACGAGCCAAUGAAUGGGUUGUUACUGAAAAACUCGGUGAUGCACACAAGUUCAAAUCGGCUGAUAAAGGAUCUAAGAAACCUCGUUUUAGGUUUUGUGAAAGGCUGCACAUAACAGAGCUGCUUCUUGGAGUUUAUCUUCUCGUUUGUGGCUACUACGAUCUCCUAUAUGGGAAGAGCCACUUCUUUCUUUACCUUUUCUUUCAAGCAUGUGCCUUCUUUGUGGUAGGAUUUGGAUAUGUGGGCACCUUUGUUCAAAGCUCUUAAUUCAGAAAUGGCUUGCAGGUUCUGGUUCUUUUCUUAAAACAUGGGUGCGAGGGAACGAUGCUUUAGCAGCAACGCCCUGGUAAUCUAGUAGCAUCAACAUUUCAUUACUCCUAUGUCAUUAGGGGUUACCACAUAAGCAGGGUUUUACAAUCAGAUGUACGCAAUCGUAUCCUUAUACGAUAAAGAGUAUGGUGCCUACGGCAACUCCCUCGUAAUCUAGUUGUAUCAAUUUUGUAAGCUUAAGGGUGAAUAAUUGAAUAUAGAGUAAAAGCUGGUUAAUUUUUUCAGCUUGCUACAAAGCCAACAUUUUUUUAGAUUUGUUGUAGUAGAUACAGUUGCACUAAAAUUGACUAUCAGCAAAUGAACAGAGUUCAAGGAUGGGCAGGAAUAGAUUAGUACAUGUUCCUUAAACACAUAAACAUGAAAAUCUUACAUUCAUACUCCUA